AUGACGUUCUUUCCUUGGCCAACUGCUCUUCCUUCCAAGGAACACAUUCCUUCUCGAGUAUUUCCAUCUCUUUUGCUGAUCGUUCCACUGGUUGCAAGCUUGACCUGUGUUUGGCUUCUUCUCAAUGAUAUUUGGACAAAGGUGUUUUGUACACUUUUCACACUGAGAUAUCUUCGUUUAUUCGGACAUGUUGCUGGAUCGUGGAUGUAUCGUCCUGCAGAGAUCAAACAGGAUCCUUCGUUUUCGCGGAAUGAUGUAACGGUUAUUCUUCCAACCAUCGAUCCUCAUGGUCCGGACUUUCGAGAGUGUGUGGAAAGUAUUCUUGCGAAUAACCCAGCUUGCAUUCUCGUCGUAACAGUUGGUGCUGUUCUACGAGAAGAAUGUCAAAUUGUUCUCAGAAAAUUGACUCUUGAUGCUCCGUUUACUCAGGUCCUUGUCUCGGCUCUCUCUGAACCGAGUAAGAGGCGACAAAUCACUCAUGCUAUGCCAAACGUCACUACGGCCAUUACUAUUUUCGCAGAUGAUCAUGUUUUCUGGCCGAGGAAUUUUAUUCCCUUUGUUCUUGCGCCUUUUGAAGAUCAGGGUGUUGGUAUGGUAGCGACCAAGAAGCGAGUUCGGCGAACGACACCUGGAGACUGGACAUGGCCGUCCAUCGUUAACUUCAUCGCGUGUAAUUACCUCCAGCGUCAUAACUGGGAACUUCGUGCAUCUAACGCCAUCGACGGUGGAGUAUUCGUCAUCUCAGGCCGAACAGCAGUUUACCGUACAGAGUUCCUCAACGACACUAACCUCCUCGAGCGCUUCUGCCAUGAGAAGUUCUGCUUUGGACUUUUUGGUGGUGGGGGUCUGGGUCCUGAUGAUGAUAACUUUUUGACAAGAGAAGGUAUGAAGAAAAAGUGGCUUGUCAAGUUUCAGGAUACAGAGGAUGCUACUAUUGAGACGACGCUUGGUGAGUGGCCUAAGUUUAAGGAUCAGCUACUUCGCUGGGCCCGUACGACCUUUCGCAGCAAUCCAGUCAUGCUUCGCGAUCCAAUUUUUGUUUCUCGGUAUACAUGGAGUUGCUUCAUGGUGUACUGGGCUGGUCUUGUCAACUUUGCUAUAAUCUGGGAUACACUCCUCAUCACGACGUUUGUCCUGGCUGAGAAAUCUGGCGGCGCUGAGUUGGUGCUCUUCUUGAUCUUUUUAUUCUGGACAAAGGUUAUCAAGAUCAUCCCGCACUUCCUUCAAUAUCCAUCUGACUUUCCACUUGUUGUUUGUCAGAUUGUGUUUGGGUUCAGUAGUGAUGGGUUUGUGAGGCUGGCUCGGACGCACGGUGGAAUUGAGUUGAUAGGAUCACAAAUACAAUACGAUGUCGAAAACUGA